AUGAGCAGCUCCUCUCCACCCAGCCUCUUUGAUCUGGCAAAGCAGAGGCUAAUGAAAGAUGAGGUGCGGGCCAUCAAGGCUCUGCAGUCUGUGCCUCCGUUCCUCGUCCCACCACUAAUGACGGAGGUCAUCUCCAGCAGGAACACCAAGAUUCUGCAGGCCAUUGUGCAAGCCUGGCCCUUCCCCUGCCUGCCCCUGAGGGCUUGGAUAGAGGAUCAGCAGGCUUACCCAGAUGUCUUAGAUGCUGCCCUAAAUGGCUUUGAUGUCCUCCUUGAUUUGAAAGUUCCACCAAGUGGAUGCAAUCUGAAAGUGUUAGACCUACGGCCAGACUUCAUCAAGACCUUCUGGAAGUUGGAGUCUUCAAAUGAGCCCUGCAACUCUCAGAGCUCCUCACACAGUCCUAGCUCAGGAGAGGAGAAGCCAUCUCCUCUUGUCCUGAAGCUCGUCACAGAUCUGUGCUUCGGUGAUGCUUGUGGAUAUCGAGUGCUCGACUUCCUCAUCUCGAGAAUCGAGAAGGGGAAGGUUCUGCCCCAACUUUGCUGUAGGACCCUGGAAAUCUUAAGGAUGCCAACAACUUACACAGUUAAGGAGGAGAUCCUGCAAAACAUUCAUCUUGAUUGUGUCCGGGAGCUAGAAAUCACCCACAGCCUGAAGCUUCAGGACCUGCACAGCUUUGCUCCUUUCCUGCGGGAGAUGGUUCAUCUGAACACACUCCAACUCCGUCCAUUUAUUCGGAAUCCCUGUGUUACUUGGGCUGAACAGGAGAUGGACGAUGUCUACUCUCGACUCACCUAUCAGUUCUUACCUUUGAAACAACUCAAGCAUCUCUUCCUGUCCUCUGUGUUUUACCCGAAAGGACACCUGGGCCAGAUCCUCAGGUACCUGGACACCCCCUUGGAAACUCUCUCCAUCACACGUUGCUUGCUGUCACAAUCAGACAUCAUGUGCCUGAGCUUGUGCCCCUGCACAGGUCACCUAAAGUGUCUUGAUUUGCAUCGUGUCAUCCUGACUGACUUCAAUCCUGAAUUUUUCAGAGUUCUGUUACAAAGAGUCUCAGCCACCUUGGAAUAUCUGGACUUAGGUGGUUGUAGCAUAUCUGACUCCCAGUUCACUGCGAUGCUGCCUGCCCUGUGCCUCUGCUCUAAGCUCCAUUUCUUCCAGUUCUGUGGGAACCAAGUGUCCAGUGUUGGCCUGGAGAACCUGCUGAGAGAGACACUUCCACCCAACCAGAGCAGGCACCUGUUGCUUCCACUCCCUCUGGAGUGUUAUGGGGGUCUCCAUGGUGGUGUCCACCCAGGGAACCUUCAGCGGUAUCUGACUCAGCUGACACUGCUCUUUCAGGAGGUAGGGCCACCAACUAGGAUCUGUAUGAAUGACGGCUUUUUUCCCUAUGACGUGAUUGAGCUCUGGUUUGAGGUCUGA